CUAUGACUUUAAGCCAUCCGGGACUUUGGAGCUGGAGGAGGAUGAGGGGUUCAGUGACUGGUCCCAGAAGCUCGAGCAGCACAAGCAGAGGCCUCCACGACAGUUGUAUGAAGAAGAGGACGGUGGUGUGAGGGAAGCUGAAGUCAAACUGGAGCAGAUCCAGCUGGAUCAAGAAAGCAUGAAGGAGAUCCAGGAGGAAAAUGUAGUUAUCAAGGAAGAAGAGAGACUGUGCCAGGAUGAAGAACAGGUCCAAGAGCAGGAGGAAGAAGAGAGAGCUGAGCAGGAGGAAAAGAAGAGGAGGAGAAAUGAGGAAGAAGGAGGAACACCAGAAAAACGCCAGAAAGCCCCAAGCCCCGCCAGCCUGGAAGAGGAGGAGCUGGACUCUGACCACACUGCAGUGUGCUCCACAAAGAUCACGGACAGAACAGAGUUUCGCUCAAUAAAGAAAAGUAACAGCAUAAAGAAGAGCCAGUCUCCUCUCCCUGUGUCGAAGAUUGAUGACAGGCUGGAGCAGUACACACAGGCUAUUGAGACUUCCACAAAGGCUCCAAGACCCUCUCUUGACCUUCCCACCACGAGCAUGAUGGUAGCCAGCACAAAAAGCCUCUGGGAGACUGGCGAGGUUGCAGCUCAGUCUGCCGUGAAGUCCUCGACCUGUAAGGAUAUUGUGGCUGGAGACAUCGUGAGUAAAAGAAGCCUUUGGGAACAGAAGGGCAAUUCCAAACCUGAGACCAACAUCAAGUCCACUCCCUCUGGCAAGAAGUACAAAUUUGUUGCAACAGGCCAUGGCCAGUACAAGAAGGUGUUGAUAGAUGAUGCUGCAGAGCAGUAACGUGCCUGGAAAAGUCAUU